AUGUUGACGACAUCUGAAUCGGUUAACUCGGGAGCCAGGUUUGAUAUCCUGGUGGUUAUCAUUAUCUUGCUUCCGUUGUUAUUGUCUGGAAAGAAGAACUUCGCCUUAUUCCACACCUUGGCACUCCACAUAUGGGAGGAGGCCCGCAUGUUAAUGCCAAUGAUUCUGAAUAUGAAGAAAAAAUUAGCUUGCCCGAUAGUAAGCUUCAAGAGAGAGACCAUCUCUGCCGUGCACUUUCUGAAGGAGCAUGCUAAGGUGCACGAGCAACGGAAAGUGUUGGAUGAUAAGAAACGAAGGCUUCAUUCAUGGAGCGAAGAACUGGCGGAGCGUGAAGCAUUAAUCGAAAGUCAGAGACGAAAACUUCAUUUCAAGAAUAGAAUGGCUAAAGUCAAGAUGGGUAUGAAAUAUCGUUCUAUGAUUGCUCGGGAUUUGUUCAAGCCUGAAUAUAGAGAAAAGGAGGCAGCCCUCCGGAAGGUUGUCGAACUUGAGAAGCGUUUUGAACAUGAGAAGCAAAGACUGGAACUGGAAAUUGAAUUACUUGAAGCAAAGAUAGAGAUGAUGAAAAAAGUAGGAGAUGCUGAUGGGAAUUGUGGUGAUAUUUGGCAAAAGAUAGAGAUGAUGUCUGAGCCGAGUCAGGAAGCGUUCAAAAAGCUGAUCGUGGGAUUGUAUAAUUUGCUGAUUCUAAGCAGCAAUCACAUAAUGGGGACAAAAAGAGUAGCUGAAAUAGAAACAAAAGACUUCAGAAAUGCAUGCAGCCUAAGGUUCCCACUCGAACAACCUCAGAUCAUGGCCGACGAACUUUGCUCCUUGUGGCAAGAGAAGAUGAAAAAUCCAGAAUGGAACCCAUUCAAGUUCGUUGAAUACAAAAGAUGGGAGCCUCAGUGGGUGGUGAACAAGGAUGAUGAGUUGUUACGUGGCCUAGAGUAUAAAUGGGGACAUGAAGCCUACAAUGCAGUUAUUACAGCCUUAAAAGUACUUCAAAGAUAUGACCCAAUAAGUGGAUCUUAUGUUGUGCCCCAGCUAUGGAGCUUUAUGAAGAACAAGGCGGCCACCUUAGAGGAAGUUGUUCGCUACAUAAUCGUCCAGUUAAGGGCGUUUAAGCGCAUGUAAGAAGUUAGAGCGCGCGUUUGUACAUUGUUCAAAACAUGAGGAUAAUGU